AUGGCAGAAGACAGUGAGGGGAAGAAGAAAGGGGAGAAUAUAGAGUCUCAGAUUGAAACCGCUAUGCGCUCUCGGGUCUCUCACUUCAAGGAACAAUCGGACUCUUUGACGUUCGAGGGUGUUCGUCGAUUGCUUGAGAAAGACUUAGAAUUGGAGGAGUAUGCGUUGGACGUGCACAAGAGAUUUAUCAAACAAUGUUUGCUCAAGUGCUUAGAAGGGGUCGGUGAUGAUGAUGAUGGCUCAAAGAUAUCAGAGAAGGCAGGGGAAAAGGAUGCAAGUGCACAAGAGUCAGAAGAACCGAAAGAAAAAUGUGAAUUAAAAGAUGAGAAGGAUCUUUGCCCUGAAGAUGGGGAGAAAAUGGAAGACUCUCCAGUUUUAGGUCUUCUUAAAGAACAAAAACGGGCUAAACUUGAAACCAAGGAUAAUAACGGCAAUGGGAAUAAAGUGGUUCCAAGUGAGGCUCUUAUUAAGAAAGCUGUUAGAAAAAGAUCUUCGUACAUCAAGGCUAAUGCAGAAUAUGACAUGGGGUACUUAUUUUCACUUGUUAAUUUCAGGACAAUUACUAUGGCUAGUCUUCGUCGACUAUUGGAGGAAGAUCUUAAACUUGAUAAAUUUACUCUUGAUCCCUAUAAGAAGUUUAUAAGUCAACAGCUUGAUGAGGUGAGUGAAAAAUCUAUGAAGUCGUCUUCUGCAGUUUCGGAACUUGCAAAGAAUGCUAAAAAAAUCGUUAAGAAAAAACCUGAUACCAAAGUAACUAAAAAGGCCAGCAGUGAAGAGAACUCUGAAACCUCAGAUAAGGAGACUGAUGAGGAAGAGGGUCAGGAAGAUGAAGUUAAACCUAGGAAAAAGGUUGUUCCUAAAGGAAAAGCGCAGACUCCUAUUCGAACGAAAAAGCGUAAAGGAGAGGAGACUGAUCUGUCCAGUAAGAAAAAGAUCAAGCCUGCUAAAGCAGCCUCAGAAGACAGUAGUGAUGCAGAAGAUAAUGGGAAAAACUCUGAAGAUGAUCAGUCCCAUUCAUCUCCAGAGAAACCUUCCAAGAAGAAAGAGGUUUCAACUCCUGUGUAUGGAAAACAUGUGGAGCACUUAAAAUCUGUUAUUAAAGCAUGUGGAAUGGGUGUUCCUCCCUCAAUUUACAAAAAAGUCAAGCAAGUGACUGAAAAUAAACGGGAAGGACAACUAAUUAAGGAGUUGGAGGAAAUAUUAUCUAGAGAAGGAUUGUCUUCAAAUCCAUCUGAAAAGGAAAUUAAGGAAGUAAAAAGGAAGAAGGCAAGAGCCAAAGAACUUGAGGGUAUUGAUGUAAGCAAUAUCGUUUCAAGUUCUCGUAGAAGGUCCACAAGUAGUUAUAUAGCUCCUUCACCUCCGAAGCCCAAGGCUCCAGUUGAAACUAGUGGCAAUGGGGCCGAAGAUAGUGUUAAUAAUGAUGAAGACAUUGAUAAUGAAGAUGAUGAAGAUGAGGAAGAGGAUAGCGGUGGUGACAAUGAUGAUGAUGAUGAUGAUGAUGGAAGUCAAAGUGAAGAAUUUAAUGAUGAUGAAGAGGACAGUGAUUGA